GUGGCGUAGGCCGCAAACACUCUAGAAUUUGCCCCUCGAGGGAAGCCACAUCGGGAUGAGCUCUGCUGGAGACGAAGAGCGCGCUGCUGCGAGCGGAGAACAGAUCUACCCGCUGGUGCAGGAGGGCCGCGACGCGGAGCUUGCAAGCUUGCAACGGCAGAUUUCUCAAUUGGCGGCCCUGGUGGAGGAAUCGGUGAAGAAGAAGGAGCGUGGCAGGGUCGUGGCGGAUGCAGCCAGUAGGGGUGGCUGGGUCGCUGCCCCCAGAGGCCAACGGGAAGAGCCCACGCUGCCGCUCGUCGGUGGCGGGGGACUUCUCCAGCAGCAAACGAGAGAUAGUGGGCAAGGACCACGGCCGCUGCUGGAAGGCGGCUGGGCCAGUAGAUCGGGAGCGAACCCUGCUGGACUAGCCGGAGUGGGCCCGGGCAUAGGACCGGACUGCGGGGAAGCGAGGGGGUUACACCCCCCAGGUGAGAUACCCGUGAUUCGAGAGAAUGGAGAAUUCCUCGACGGCUACAGCAGUAGCCACAUGAAGAGGGUAACAGUCAAUGCCCCGCUUCUAGACGGAAAAAGCCGUAGCCACGGCUUUGACUCGUGGCGAAAAUCGUUCGUCCAAGCUGCGAAGGCCAUCGACUUGGACGGGCAGCUUACAGGAGAUGCAGAGAGCAGUAUCCCCGUGGGCGACCCAAACUUGCCCACUUCCGAACUGCUCCGUAGGGGGUACACGAGAGCAGAAGUCCAACGGGGGCUUCAGGCGUUCCACUUUAUCACUACUGCUGUGGUAAAAGAAGCUGACAAAGCAAUUAUCAGCAACUGUACGUCAGCGAAAGAGGUCCUUGCGGAAUUGGAAAAGGUCUACGAUCCGGAGUCACAGGGGUCAAAACAGGCCUUGAUGCGGAAGAUGUUCGACUUUGCAAUCCCCACACACAGCAACAGCAACCCCAUCGAGCACCUCUACUCUCUCGAGCUGCUGUAUGCCCGCCUGCGCGAAAAGGGGCUCAAUGCUGAACAACCCUUCGUUCUCGCCCACUUCGUUGGUUCCCUCCCACCCGAGUACCAACAAGCGAAGUUCCUGUUGGAGACAGCAACGGCGCUGGAUAGGGCCGAGAUCGUCAGGAUCGUGAGCACGGUGCACGCGAGCCUCCCGGAGGGAAGGAAGGCCUCGAAGGGCCAGCGUAGGGCGGAGCAUGCUCUCCUCGCGAGUGACGGUGGCGGCGGGGGAGGAGCGCCGGGCCGCGGCAACAGCGGCCGCCGCAAGGGUGGCGGCGGCGGCGGCGGCAACCAGAAGGGGAGAGGGGGUGGCGCGAAGGCUGGAGGCGGCGGCGGAGGCGGCGACGACGAUGCGGGUAGCAUGCGCGGUGGCUGUUUCCGGUGCGGCAAGAAGGGCCACCAGGUGGCAAACUGCCCCGAUAGCAAGCCCGGUGCGAUGUGAGACAUGCAAGGGCUACAGGCACGACAAGAGCAAGUGCCCGACCGAAGAGGCGGUGCUCGUGGUGGAAGUGCCGGCGGGGAGGGCGUCUGCGGACGCCACAGCACUGGACGUGGCAGAAGAAGCGCUGGUGGUCGGUGACAUCUCAGGCGAGUGUCACAAAGUCGUUGGUCGAGGGGGUGUAGAGCAGGCUAGGCGGGGUAGGUAUGUUGCCGAUACCGGCGCUACCACCCACAUGUUCGCGAACUCAGAUGGGUUCGUUCGUUACGAAGAGUGUGAUCGACGUGUGCGCGUCGCCGCCGGAGAAACCUUCCCUAUCGUAGGGUAUGGCGACGUGACGGUAACCCUUAGCUCGCGCGACGGUACAACCGACCUGUUGUUGAAACGGGUUGCACACGUUCCCCGACUAGACGACAAGCUACCAUCUCUCACUUCCCUCUUCGACGACGGGUUCGAAAACAAAACCCUAGACAAACACGAGUUGGAGUUGGAGAGUGGGGGGAGGGAGGUGGUGUACUUCCCUCGAUGCGGUAACCUGUACGUCCAAAACGGUUUCCGCACACACACCGAACAUGCCUGUGCCGCAAUUGCUCCUGGCAACGCGAAAGCGCCCAGCACCCCCGUUGACAUCAACGAUUUCCACUGCGCGCACGGCCACUCC